UGCCAGGGUGUCAGGUUGCUUCUCCAUUGUUGGAGUCAAAAGAAUUGUUUUUGUUCUCAGUCACAAAUUUCUCUGGAAGUACCUUCAGGGACUCCUCAGUCUGAUAAAAAGAAGUCAGACAAGGAGGGAUUUGGGAGAAGUCUGUGAAAGGCCUGGCUUGCUGCACCAUGAAGAGCUUCCCCAUGAUUCUUCCUGUCCUCCUGGCCGUCAUGCUGAGUAUCCAUCUUGGAGCUCCCACACGUGGCAGUGACAUGGCCAAGUCCUGCUGCUUUCACUACAAUCAAAAGAUGCUUCCCUUUCGCUGGGUGCACACCUAUGAAUUCACCAGGAACAGCUGCCCCAAGCAGGGUGUGAUAUUCACUACCAAAAGAGGCAAGCAAGUCUGUGUCCAACCAAAAGAAAAAUGGGUGCAAACAUACAUUGCAUUACUGAGAGCUCAGAAACAGCUAUGACGCUGCUGAAUUUCCAAUCCAAGGGUACCUGGACCUUGCCCUUGGCUCUGCUGCCCUCGGUGGAGCCUAGAGAAUCUUCAGAAGUCCCAAGGGCUUGAUGGGAAUGAGAGGGUAUUUUCUACCAGAUUCCACUGAAGUUUUUU